AUGGAGGUAUUUAGAGUAGUUAUAUGGAGGCAUAGGUCACAGUGUUGUAUUAACCUCGUUAAUUUCUUUGUGUUUAACAACAACACUGAACUAAUUAAAUAUUUAAUUUUUUUAGGGCAACCUUUUCAACACAGAAUUGAAAUACCUGUUGGUUGUGACACGACAAGGUUAGUUUACACUAAUGAAGACAAGGAUGUGCGAAAGUGGAAAAGGCAACUUACAAAUUAUCACAUUAAAUUAAUUCGAAUUUUUGCUCUUCAAAGGUACGCAGAUUAUCUGAAGGCACUGCAAUUUAUCAACACUAGAAAAAACGAGAUUCCAAAAGACCUAUUGUCACAUCUUGGUCACGAAAACCCUGUUUCAUUAUAUGUUGCAAAUGGACGAAAGGUAUACAAAGUGCGAUGCCCUUUCCUUGUCUGCAACUACAUGGGUGACAGAAUUGACAGACAUUUGGAAGCUGUCCACCGUGUGAAACGGAGACUUGGUUUCUUUUUCAAAUCACGACAAGUCCGAAUGUAUACCCACCUGACUACAAUAUAUCGAACCACGUCAAAGCCGCUACCAUGCAAGUUAUGUGCAAAGUAUUACGACAGGGUUGAUACACACUUCCGUCGAGUGCAUGGUUUUACUGAUGCGCAAAUACAAGAAGGUUUGAGAGUUGCGCAAAAGAUUUCAAGAAAUUUUAACAAAUAUUGUAAAAAAAGUUAAAAAUAAUCAAAAUAAAAAAUAUGAACAAGUAAUUUAUUUAGUCGUAAAUGUCUAACAUAUCUUUAUCCUAAUAUGCCUACUAUCAUGUUCUAUCUUCCCGGAGAAUGGCGGUUUUUUGCACAUUUUCCCAAGUGGCAAAACAGCACCGCCCAAAGAAAUUUCCUUAGCACAGGGUGCGAGGUUUAUUUAUUAGGAGAUGUGUAGGGCGGGUGACGCUGUUUUAAAAAUCCGCAUAGUGGAAUAAAUAACGCCAUGACCAGCGACGUCGGGAACAUAAGCCAUGCUGACGUCAGCAAGAAUUAAGAUUGAGGUUGUGAAACGAACAAAAUUACCUAAGACCCAAUUUCGUUGCGAACAUUGAUGUACACGCUGGCGUCAAACAAAGUAAGAGCCUUUUCUAUAUGUACCGCACGACAUUCUCCGUGUGUAUGGAUUGGUUAAUUAAAACCGUGACGGCGUGAUACAAACUUAACUAAUACUUGCAUAAUUUCGCGCAAAUCAAACGAAGUACGAGCCUUUUGUUUGUAUUCCGUUCGACAUUCUCCGUGUAUAUGGAUUAAAUUAAAACCGUGACGGCGUGAUACAAACUUAACUAAUUCUUGCAUAAAUUCGCUCAAAAGUGGUAGAAUUUCGAGACAUCCAGAUGUAAAAAGAAGCACUCAUGGAGGUAAAA